AUGUCUGCAAUAGGCUCUCUUGUCUUCUGCACCGACUGCGGUAACCUGCUCGACGGUAGUACCGGCGACGAAAAAGCCGUCCUCAUCUGCGGUGUUUGCGGCGCCUCCAACAAAGACACCUCAUCCAAAGUUGUUGUCACUCGGUCAAAGCCUUCGGCAUUCCCCUCUUCCCUGAGGGCGAAACGCUCUGAAGUUCAGACGCUUGGAGAAGAGGAUAUGCAGACUGAAGCCACCAUCCGUCAACCAUGCGAGAAGUGCGGCCGAGAGGAAGUCAAGUACUAUACACUACAGCUCCGGAGCGCCGACGAAGGUAGUACGGUGUUCUACACAUGCGAAUGCGGUCACAAGUAUGAUCUUCCUUCGUCUAUGCCUCAGCCUCUGUUUGCUGACACCGUUUAG